AUGAAGGAGUUCGUGGUUCUAGCAGUUUUACUGGUGGCAGUGAGUGCUCUUCCCAUUGACGAUCGCAUCAAUGGUGAAAAUGGCUGGCUCGUUCCCCAGGCAGAUGGCAGUUUCCAGUGGAUGGACUUGAGGGAAGCUGAGAAUCUUCUAGAAAAUAAUCUAGCCAUAGAAGGACGUGCCAACGAGGUCACCUUCUAUCUCUACACCAAGCAAAACCCCCUUGUGGGUAAGGAAAUCGCGACGGACAGGGCCUUCAUAGAGGACUCCCACUUCAACAAGAACCAUGGCACUCGCUUCGUGAUCCACGGGUGGGGUGGACGCUACACCGACAGGAUGAACACCAGGAUCACCAGCGCUUGGCUGUCGAAGGGAGACUACAACGUGAUCGUGGUCAACUGGGCUCGUGCCAUCUCCGUGGACUACGCCUCCUCGGUCCUGGCUGUUCCCGGAGCCGGAGCCAAGGUGGGAGAAAUGAUCAAGUACCUGCACGAACAUCACGGCAUGUCCCUGGAAAGCCUGGACGUGAUUGGACACAGUUUGGGUGCCCAUGUAGCCGGAUAUGCUGGAAAGACAGUGGGUGACCAGCGAGUCCACACCAUCAUCGGUCUGGAUCCCGCCCUGCCCCUUUUCAGCUACGAUAAGCCCGACAAGCGAUUGUCCGCCGAUGAUGCCUUCUAUGUGGAGUCUAUCCAGACGAAUGGAGGCUUGAAGGGAUUCCUCAAGCCCAUUGGCAAUGGUGCCUUCUACCCAAAUGGUGGCAAGAAGCAGCCAGGAUGCGGCACUGAUAUCGACGGCACCUGCUCUCAUGGUCGAUCAGUGACCUACUACGUGGAGGCUGUUUCCGAGGACAACUUUGGAAGCAUCCGUUGCCAUGAUUAUGAGGCGGCGGUGGCCAAUGAAUGCGGUUCCACCUACAGCGGCGUACGCAUGGGAGCCGUUACCAAUGCCUACAUGGUCGCUGGUGACUUCUAUGUCCCGGUGAACAGCGAAGCUCCCUUUGGAAAGAUCGAGUAGGGAACUACUUUUUGUAAUAAAGAAAAUAAGUGAUGAAUUCAACUAAA